CCAUUUGGUUCCCCAUCGCCUUGUUCUGUAACCCAAUCGAACUUCAAUCAGUUAUUUUAAAAAUUUUAAAAUGUUAAACCCUAGACUGCUUACCCAGCUGUCCAGAGAGCCUGCGAGGGCCUUCCAGUUUGGAUCCGGUGGCUGCCGACGAGGCCUCAAGGUCGCCGUAGUGGGGGCAGGGGGUGGCAUUGGUCAGCCGUUGUCCCUGCUGCUCAAGCAAAAUCCCCACAUCUCCACACUCACCCUGCACGACUUGAAGAAUACGGCCGGAGUGGCGGCCGAUCUGUCCCAUAUCAACACCCGGGCCACAGUGUGCGCAUUCGAGGGCAAGGAUAACUUGAGAAAGGCCAUGGACAAGGCGGAUAUAGUGGUAGUUCCGGCAGGCAUGCCCCGGAAACCCGGAAUGAAGCGGGAGGAUUUGGUGGGCGUCAAUGCCAGCGUGGCCUGCUCCGUGGCCUAUGCAGCCAGCGACGCCUGUCCCGGCGCCCUGAUGGCCUUCAUCACGAAUCCCAUCAACGUGAUAGUUCCCAUUGUGGCCACGAUCCUCAAGGCCAAGGGAACCUACGAUCCGAACCGACUCUUUGGCGUUACGAGCCUGGAUGUGGUGCGGGCCAAGGCCUUCGUUGGCGAUAUCCUCAACGUGGAUCCCCAAACCGUAAACAUACCCGUGAUUGGGGGCCACACGGGUCGCACCAUCCUGCCCAUCCUGUCGCAGUGUGAUCCUCCCUACAAGGGCACCGAUGAGGAGCGCGAGGCUCUGAUCCACCGCAUCCAGGAGGCGGGCACAGAGGUGGUCAACGCCAAGGGGGGCCUGGGAUCGGCCACCCUGUCGAUGGCCUACGCCGCCGCCAACUUCGUGAACUCCCUGCUCAGGGGGAUCAAGGGAUCGGAUGACGAGUGCAUAGUGGAGUGUGCCUAUGUGGAGUCCGAUGUCACCGAUGCCAAGUUCUUCGCCACUCCCCUGAUCCUGGGACCCCAGGGCAUCAAGGACAACAUAGGACUGCCCGAACUGGAUGAUAUGGAGAAGCAGGCCCUGGACUGUAUGUUGCCUAUCCUGAAGGCGAGCAUCGAUAAGGGUAUCAAGUUGGGCGAGGAAAUGGUCGACAAUUGUUAGUAAUAAUUAAAAUAUUUUUUACCUUAAA